CCCAAGACCAUCACGCUGGCCGAGUGCCAGGAGCACAUGAGCGACAAGGACUGCUGGCUGGUGAUUGAUGGAAAAGUGUAUGAUGUGACCCCUUUCCUGGAUGAGCACCCCGGCGGCUUCGACACGCUGGUCAGCAACUCAGGCAAGGAUGCGACCGAGGACUUUGAGGAGAUUGGGCACAGCCGCGCAGCCAAGGAGAUGCUAACCAAGUAUUACAUCGGAGAGUUUGCGGUGAGGCCCAUC